CUCGUCGGAAAAAGGAGGAAAAGAUCGAUCAUCAUAGAUGGAAGCUCAUUUGAUUGAGAAUGACGCACUGGCAACAGCAGCAAAAUAUGCACCAGUCACUUAUGAGAGGAGAGUCAGGGGGGACUUGGAAACCACACUUCCAAAGCCAUAUCUUCCCAGAGCCCUGACUGCUCCAGACACAAACCAUCCCAUGGGAACACCUGGAUAUCACCAUCGCAACUUGAGUGUUCUUCAGCAGCAUGUGGCAUUUUUUGACCAGGACGAAAAUGGAAUCGUCUACCCUUGGGAAACUUUUGUUGGACUUCGAGCUAUCGGUUUCAACUCAAUUGCAUCUCUUAUCGUGGCGGUUGUCAUCAAUGCGGCACUGAGUUAUGCUACUCUUCCUGGUUGGUUUCCUUCUCCGUUCUUGCCCAUAUACAUUCUAAACAUUCACAAGGCAAAGCAUGGUAGUGAUACUGGAACAUAUGACACGGAAGGAAGGUUUUCGCCAGCAAACAUUGAGCUCAUGUUUAGCAAAUAUGCUCGUACGGUUCCUGACAAGUUCACUCUAGGAGAGCUUUGGGACAUGACUGAGGGAAACCGAGUUUCAUACGACUUCUUUGGAUGGAUUGCAAGUAAGCUGGAAUGGGGACUUCUGUAUGUUCUCGCUAGGGAUGAGGAGGGUUUACUAUCUAAAGAAGCUGUGAGACGCUGCUUUGAUGGAAGCUUAUUCGAGUAUUGUGCCAAGAUGAAUGCAAGUGCAGAAGCUAAGAUGGGCUGA